AUGUUGACGCCCGCCAACGCUACUUGGCCGAACCUAUGGCUCUGUCUUGCUGGAGUCGGAGGAAUGUAUCUGGUGAAGCGUGUAUUCUCCAAGAAGAAUCCUGCACCAUACCCACCUGGUCCUCCGGGGAGACCUCUCAUUGGAAACCUCCUAGACAUGCCUCAGGUCAAGACCUGGCUCACCUUCACUGAGUGGGGCAAGAAGCAUGGUGAUAUCUCCCAUAUCGAGGUUCUAGGUCAGCAUAUCAUAGUGCUCAACUCUGUCAAGACGGCGUUGGAAAUACUAGACAAGAAGGGCUCAAUGUACUCUGACCGUCCUAUUCUUCCUAUGGGUGGCGAACUUUGUGGCUGGAAGCAUACUUUGGUUCUUCUGCCUUACGGCGACCGUAUGCGCGAGUACCGCAAGAAUUUCCACCGCAUCAUUGGAACUCGCGCCGCCAUAGAUACCUACCACCCGAUCGAGGAGAUUGAGACCCACCGAUUCCUGAAGCGUGUGCUAGCGAAACCUGACCAACUACAAGCACAUGUUCGACACACCGCUGGCGCGAUCAUUCUGCGCAUCUCUUACGGCUAUGAAGUGAUCGAGAAUGAUGAUCCCUUCGUUGAGAUUGCGGACCGCGCCCUCGACCAGUUCUCGCAGUGCGUUGCUCCUAGUGCUUUCAUGGUUGAUAACAUGCCAUUCUUGGCCAAGGUCCCUGAGUGGUUCCCAGGUGCUGGCUUCAAGCGUAUGGCCCGCGAAUGGCACAAGACCCUCGAAGAUAUGGCUGCUGCGCCCUAUAAACUUGUCCAGGAUCAGAUGGCUGCUGGAAUUGCCCCUAAGUCCUUCACCUCAAACCUGUUGGAGGGCCGUACUUUGUCUGCGGAAGAGGAUCACAACGUCAAGUGGUCUGCUGCAUCUCUAUACGCAGGUGGUGCCGACACGACUGUUUCUGCAAUAUACUCGAUUUUCCUGGCUAUGACACUUUAUCCUGAUGUGCAGAAGACUGCUCAGGCUGAAAUUGAUGCUGUGGUUGGUCCUGAUCGCCUUCCUUCUUUUGCCGACCGCCACUCCCUCCCCUACACUGAGGCGCUUGCCAAGGAAGUCCACCGCUGGAAUGUUGUCGCUCCUACCGCCAUUGUCCACCGUCUCUCUGAGGACGACGUACAUGACGGGUAUUACAUCCCCAAAGACUCCUUGGUAAUACCAAACAUUUGGUUCAUGCUCAAUGAUCCGCGGACGUAUGCUAACCCCUCAGAAUUCAAUCCUGAACGCUUCUUAGCCAAAGAUGGCAAGGAACCUGAAACAGACCCCCGCGCGAUCGGCUUCGGCUUUGGUAUACACCUCGCUGAUGCGUCCGUGUGGAUAUCUACCGUGAUGUCGCUCGCCGUCUUUAAUAUUUCCAAGGUUGUCGAGAAUGGUGUUGAGAUCACCCCUGAAGUCGACCCUUUAUCGGGAAUAAUCAGCCACCCCAAGCCUUUCAAGUGCUCUAUUAAGCCCCGUUCCGCAAAAGCCCUUGAACUUAUUCAGCAGGAUGCUAACUAUUGAUUGCACAAAGAUGUGCGAAAAAUACGUAUCGGUUGCAGGUCCUGGAAACAUGGAGGGUAAAGGUUGCUCGACAUUGACACAAACACAAUAUAGCUAGUCAUAGGAAAGUCACUAAUUGGUCACCAGCAGCGUCGAGUCAACCUUCAACGGAACAGGCAGAAACGAGCCAUGGGGCAGAGGCCAGCAGCACCUACAUGUUCUAGACAAUCACAGAAUGAAUAUGAUUGUUCCUACUAUGAGCAGCACGCAAACAACACAGGCGGAGCAAUAUGAAUUUCUCAAGCUGCAUUGCAAUUGCAAAGAUUAGA